CUCUUACCUAAUUUAUACCAAACAGCUUUCAGUUUCACUUUAGUGCGUUAUUAAACCUGCAUGCAGACAAAAUAUGUGAAGAAACACUUAACGGAGAUCUUUUUCAUUUAGAGAAAGAAAUAAUCAGUCCUCUCACAGGCAAGAUGCGGCGGGGAAGCAUGUCUCAACCUCCUAUAAUGUCAGAUCUGAAUAUUGUGCUGUUGGGACUGACUGGAGCAGGAAAGAGUGCAUCAGGAAACACCAUCCUGGGUGGAGACAGAAAAACAUUUAAAGAAGGUUAUUCACCUGCGCCUGAGACCGAAAUCUCACAGACAGAGGUGGACGGACAAACGAUUACUGUGACUGACACUGUAGGGCUCACUGAUACUGCAGUGAACGUUACAGAUGUUCAAACUAAAAUAGAGCAGAUAUUACAGAAUACACACCAUGGUAUUGAUGUGUUUCUGCUGGUGAUCAAACUGGAUCAGACAUUCACAAAGGAGAAGUGUGAAGCUGUGAAAUGGGCCCAGAAGAAUUUUGGAGCAAAAGUAUUAAAUCACACAAUAGUGCUGCUUACUCAUGGAGAUCGGUUAGGUGAGCCAGUAGAAGAUUAUCUGAGUAAGAAUGAAGCACUGCGGUCAUUAGUUGAUCAGUGUUCAGGGGGAUUUCAUGUUUUUAAUAACAAAGAUGAAGAUCGAUCUCAAGUCACUGAACUUUUGAAAAAGACUGAGUCACUGAGGAUGAAGAAUGGAUACAGGAGAUACACUAAGCGGGUCUAUAAGGAUACUCAGAAAGAUCUCUGGCUCAAGAAAUGUGACAUCUUUGUAGUAGCAAUAGCAUUAGUAAUUGCAGCAGUAGUAUUUGGUGGAGCAGCAUUAAAAGGAGGAGCAGGAGUAUUAGAAGGAGUAGGUGGAUUAGGAGGAGCAGGAGUUGGAGGAGCAGCAUUAGAAGGACAGGCAGAUUUAUUAAGAGAAGCAGAAGCAGCUUUGAUGAUGCCAUCAGCUGCACGAUGUACAGGACCAGCACCAUUGAUAGGAGCAGCAGGAGGUUCAACUCUGCUAGCAGUAGCUGCUUUUGUUGGACUGUAUUUUUUGGUAAGAUUUCUGUAUUUUUUCUCUAGAGAAAAUGAUAUAGGUGACUAAAAGUUUCCUAUUUGUAAAAUCUUGCAUUAUACUACCCUGAUGUAAUGGCUUUUGUUUUUUCUUUUAGAAUGUUGCAAUUUUUUACAUUUCAUUUUAUAAUGAUGCAACACUGUAUCUGGACACUUGUUGUCAACAAAAAUACCAAAGCUCUAAAAUUUAAGUUUAAUCUAUAACUUUUAAUUGUGUAGUCUAUAAUUUUUCAGGCCUCUAUAAUAUGUAAUUGUAUAAUGUAGUGUAUAAGCAUACUUUUUUUUAUUAUUAUUUUUUUAAUAUUGUAUUAUAAUAUCUUGAUGCAAAGGCUUAGGAGGGAUUGUGUUCGCAGUUGUGUGAAGUAGGUGUGAAGGUGUGUCAUUUGUGUAAUUUGUGUACUGGAGCAUAGUUGUCAUAUUUGUAAAAUAAAUAAAUAAAUAGCCCUUACUUUUUUUUUUUAUUACAUUUUAAUAAUAAAAGUCACCUGUACCUUUAAUU